AUGAUUAAACAACAGCAACCACAGCAACUUAAGGCGCAAAACACCCAGGUCCUUCAGACCAUUACAUACGCCAUAUAUGCAUAUAAUUCAAAGACGGCAGAACAAACGCAAAGGUUGAAAUAUGGAGAUUUGGAGAUAGUAUUGAAAAAUGAACAUUUCGAAUUCGUUUGCAAAGGUGGUGCAGUGAUAUCAAAUAUAAAAGAAAUUUUAUUUAUGAAUUCAAAAAUUAAAGGAAUAACGGAUGAUAUAACAUCAAUUCCACCAGAAGAACAGAGAUAUUACGCAUUAAAUGCAUUUCCUAAAGUUUUGAAGAUUGGAAGAUUUAAUUUAAAUGAGGAAUUCAUAGAAGGUUUCCUAAAUGACAUAAUGAAGAAGGUGGAUAAGGAAUACGUGGAUAGUGAGUUAAAUAAGAAGGCAAAUUUGGUUUAUGUUGAUGAAAAAGAUAAUGAAAUUAAAGAAAAGGUUGAAUGGUAUCAUGAAUGGACAUUGGAGACUUUUAAAGUUAAAGCUGAUACAGAAUGGGUUUCAGGAUGUUUAGACCUUAAAGCAGAUAAAACUUAUGUAGAUGAAAAUUAUGCAAAGAAGUCGGAAGUAAAUGAUGUGAUUACAAGCAUGAAAAAUGAAAUACUUCAAACAUUAUAUCCUGUUGGUUCUAUUUAUACGUCAAUGAACUCAACAAAUCCAUCAACAGUUUUAGGUUUUGGUACGUGGAAGCAGAUUGUAGAUAAAUUCUUAUACUGUGCUAGAUAUUCAAAGCAAACAGGUGGUUCAAAGAAAAUUAAAGAAGCAAACCUUCCACCACACACUCAUACAGGAACUACAAACACAACAGGUAAUCAUUCACAUUCAAUAACAAAAAGAGGUUAUACAAAUCUUGCAGCGGGUUCGGAUAGGUGGGGAAUGAAUAGAUAUGAUAUCACAACUGACCCAGUAGAUUCAAGCACAGGUAUUUUCUGUGGAACCGCAGGUAAUCAUUCACACACUUUCACAACAAAUCCAACAGGCUCGGGUAAAGAUUACAUGCCACCAUUUGUGACUGUAUUCGCAUGGUACCGCGUUCAUUGA